AUGCAUCGCUCUUCUACUUCCUCAACCUCUUGCUACGGCCUCACUCUGGAUCACCCCCUACGACCCGGCUCUCCGUCUUUCAAACACUACCGGCUACCGACCUCGCAUUCUCGCCAAGCAAAUUACGCACAGCCACUCCACAAUACGACGGCGGGCAUUUUAACUCUAACGGGGUUGGGCGCGGAGCCAAGCAUUAUGGUCACGGGGUCCUCGGGCAUGCAAGUGAGAUCACCUGCCCUGGUCGAAUACCGAGAGCGAGACGAUGCUGGUAACGGCAACGAAAACAAGACGGCUCCCGAUGCUCUGGAGAGGCAGCCAAAGGAAUCACCGGAAGUGGCAAAGGCGUCGAACCAAGACUUGGGCGGCGAAUCAUCGCCACCAUUUGCCCCUACGAAGAAGACCAGUCCAAGCACAGGGUCCCUCGACGACAGGGGCAAAGUUGGUAACGAAUCGCCAUCAUGCCAAGAGACGAGCACCACUCAGGGUCCUGGAGAGAGGCUCCAAAGGCCUCGCAGCGAGUCCAGUGAACGAGUCCGUCCCGCCCUUCGUCCACGCCAUCAUCGAAGCUCUAGCAUGCCUAGUUUUUCAAAGACGGUUCACUUCGACACGAAACUGAACAACGUUUGUUACUUCCGCAAGGCCGAUCGCCCUCUCGCCGUCAGCGCGGGCUCUUCGCCAGUCAUUGGCCAUCUCGAGGCGAACGAGUACCCGUUCUACGCAGACAACGACGAGGAUCUUUUUGAGUGGCAGCUUUUCACACCCAACUUUCCUCGGAAUUCCCUGGAUAGGGAUUCCAUGCCAGUCCGGCUCGAGAGGCUGUAUCUCUCACAUGACAACAAGCACAUCUUGGGUUCGGUCAUAGUGGCAAACCUGGCUUUCGAGAAGUCGGUCAUUUGCCGUUUCACCUUGGACUACUGGACAACGACUUCCGAGACCACGGCGGUGCAUUGCUGCCCUGUGCCGGGACAGAUGGGCAAAUAUGAUCGAUUCAUAUUCAGCAUCAGGCUAACAGAGACCGUGAACAUAGAAUCGAAGCCCAUAUUUCUCUGCAUUCGCUACAACGUCAACGGGCAGGAGUUUUGGGAUAACAAUCUGGGCACAAAUUUUCAGGUAGAUUUAAGAAAAAAGUAUGGAUGCUAG